AUGCCAUCUAUACCGUUUUCUGGUCUAGGAAUUCGACGCUCACGCUCACCUUCAGAGUCGGAUAUGUUCCCGGUCAAGAGACCCCGUACCUUCACAGCAGCCAAUGGAGCAUAUCCGGACAUCAACUUCUAUGCCGAACCAAUAAAUGUAAUUCAGAAACUGAGCACAUAUCUCAUUCAAGGCAAAUUUUGUCUUGUAUAUGGGCAUCGUCAGAGUGGAAAAACAGCAGCUGUUUAUGCUACAGCACGAUGGCUCGCAUGUCAUUCAACACAGAUCGAAAUUGGAGGCUUUGGUCGUGGUCUACAGAUCUAUGUGAUAUCCUUUAAUGGUGGCAUUCAGUUAGAGCGUGGAGUUGAUGAGUUCUGGCUGACUAUAUGCCGCAAGUUGAAAGCCUUGGACAAAGAUCGAUUCUUUUUCAAUGAGAGUGAGCCAAUAUCAACAACCACAUUUGAGACAUUCUUUCGACGAAAGCAGGAAUCACUACCCGUUGUUCUUGUAUUUGAUGAGAGUUCAGCUCUGCUUAACCAUGACAGAAAAAUCAUUGAGGACUUUAUGGGUGUGCUGCGUCUUCUCAAAGAUGGCCAUGACCAAUUCUGUCUACACUCCUUUGCACUCGUAGGUAUCGAAACCAUUAAGAAGCUCCUAACUCCACUGCCCAACUCUAAAAACAGGAUUUCUCCAUUUACCGCAGAGGCGACCGUUGAGCCAGACCGCUUCAUCGAAGCAGAUAUCAAAAUGCUCCUUGAUGAUUAUGCUAGAGAAUCCUCAGUUGAACUUGAGUCAGCUGAUAUUGCCAAAGAUAUUUUUGAACGUACCCUCGGACAUGCCAAAGUAUCACUUGAUGACUGGAAAUGUGCUACUGUUACUCUAGCUGAUGUUAUGGCACAGCGGGACACAUAUGCUUCCAUUAUUCGAUCUCUGAAAAACCUCUCUUCAGAGCAGCAAAACAUUAUCGGAAAUAUUCUUCGCUACGGAUCACAUAGGCUUGUUGAGGAUGAGAAUGUCCGGUUUCUACUUGCUGAAGGAAUGAUUUUCAUUACAUAUCGUGAUGGCAAUGCUGUAGUAACGGAAUGUGCUGCACCAGUACUUCGUGACAUCAUGAUAUCUCACAUAAAUGGGCCUACAUUCAAGGUGGAACGACCACCAAAUACAGACAGACUUGACGUGCGAUGGCUGUUGGAUCAUGCUAUUAAGAACAUGGCCGUUCAGCAUGUCUUUGCUGACCAGGCUACCAAUUUUAAUGGUCAACCAUCCGAAUAUACAUUCCAAGUAGAAUUUAAUAUCACCAUCCGUCGUCUACUUGCUGUUGCCUACCCGCGGCUGUUCUAUCGUGUUAUAUCAGAGGCCAAAGAGCGUGAUGAAUGUGGGAUGGCAGCUCUGCCUCGAUACGGUUUUGAACUUGUUGAAGCUACCCACGGUGUUUUUGAUGAACACUGCAGACGUGCAGACUACUACAGGAAGCUCCAUGAUUGCUCUAUGUUUGUGGUCAACCUUUGUGCUCAAAACAUUCUUUCUGGACAUUUUGGACCAAUCUUGCCAGGUGUGACUCCUAUGCAUGUCAUUUAUGAUGUCCAAAAAGGAUUGGCAGAGCUAGUAUUUAGGGAUAGCAGAAAAUCUGUAUCAAUUGAGGGAUCUGCAUGGCAAGUGGUGUUCAGUUAG